CCUAUAUAAUCUGCCUCUUUUGGUAAGUGGUUCUUUCAAGAGUCUUGCUGCAGAUCAAGGUUUUUCAGUAUCCAAAGAUCUUCCUUGUCUCCACACUUACAUGGCCUACAAUUUGUUUCAUCAAGAUUCCUACGACGAUCGAAGAAGUUAUCCAAUUUUAGAAGACGACGAAAAUGCCCCUAUCUGGUUACCUCCCUUGUACGACGAAAGUAGUAACUUUAAACGGAUCAAGAGAACCGUAAGUUUAGGUGCGUUUACGAGUAGCAACUCUAGCAGCAGUAACGUUUCUAGCCACAUUCCUCGCACUAGCAGCACGAGUAGCUUGAGCAGCGUUCCGAAGCUUCAAUUCCGAGACCAUAUAAUGACCUACACUCGUCGUUAUCUCACCGUCGAGGAGGAGGAGGAGGAAGGAGCCUCCGUCGCCGACCUCGUCGGGUCUGAGGGCGGCCAAGGAGGAGGAGUUGCCGGAGAAGGAAACAAUGCCGACGGAAUGAAACUAGUCCAGUUGUUGAUUUCGUGCGCGGAGGCCGUCGCGUGUCGGGACAAAUCCCAUGCGUCGGUUUUGCUUUCCGAGCUUCGAUCCAACGCUUUGGUAUUCGGCUCGGCUUUCCAGCGCGUGGCGUCCUGUUUCAUGCAGGGGCUAGCCGAUCGGCUCGCGUUGGUUCAACCACUCGGCGCCGUCGGCUACGUCGUCGUCCCCCCCAGGACGACGACGACGACGAGCGUUGCCUCCGAGAAACGGGAGGAGGCACUGCGCCUGGUUUACGAGAAUUGCCCGCACAUCCAGUUCGGUCACUUCGUGGCCAAUUCUUCAAUAUUGGAAGCCUUUGAGGGAGAGAGAUUAGUCCACGUGGUGGAUCUAGGGAUGACCUUAGGUCUUCCCCACGGCCACCAGUGGCGCGGGCUCGUCCGCAGCUUGGCUGACCGGCCGGGCCCGCCUCCCCGUCUCCGCAUCACAGCUGUCGGGCUGUGCGGGGACGAGUUUCGGGCCAUCGGAGAUGAGCUCGAGGCCUACGCGGUAGGGUUAGGGCUCAAUUUGGAGUUCUCGGUGGUCGAGAGCAACUUGGAAAACCUCGACCACAAAGAUAUAGACGUUCGCCCCGGAGAAGUGCUCGUUGUGAACAGCAUUCUCCAGCUACAUUGCGUGGUGAAGGAGAGCCGGGGCGCGUUGAACUCGGUUCUCAGAGUCAUACACGGGCUCUCGCCGAGGGUUCUGGCCCUCGUCGAGCAGGACUCGAGCCACAACGGGCCAUUCUUUUUGGGACGGUUCAUGGAGGCGUUGCACUAUUAUUCGGCGAUAUUCGACUCGCUCGAUGCGGUGUUGCCCAAGUACGACACGAAACGGGCCAAGAUGGAGCAAUUCUACUUUGCGGAGGAGAUCAAGAACAUCGUGAGUUGCGAGGGGCCCGCGAGGGUCGAGAGGCACGAGAGGGUUGAUCAGUGGCGGAGGAGGAUGAGUCGGGCCGGGUUUCAGCCCUCGCCGUUGAAAAUGUUGGCACAAGCCAAGCAGUGGCUGAGCAGCAUCAAUGCUUGUGAGGGUUACACUAUUGUGGAGGAGAAAGGUUGUCUUGUGUUGGGGUGGAAAUCCAAGCCCAUUGUGGCUGCUUCUUGCUGGAAAUGCUGAAACACAAAUUAAAAAAAAUACCUAAACAAAAUUAAUA